AUGUUUAAAGGUAUCAGGAAGAAAGCGUCCAUGUUAUCCUUAUCGCUGCAGGCGUCAGCAGAAGACCCUCUGGAGCAACAUGAUCGUUACCAUAGAGUCUUGAGACAAGUUCGUGACUUUGAAAUCGCCCUUCAGGCCAUGGACUUUUUGCUUGAUGAUAGAGGUGAACAGGGCACCGAGCUCUUGAAAAAUGAGCUCGAGAGGCACAAAAAGUCCAACGAGAAAGUUCCAGCAGCGAUAUUUCCUUUGGCUUUGGGUGUCAUGGAGUUCAUCGAGGCAACUUUGGGUUUUGAGACGGAAGUCAUGAAUAGGGCUCACAACACCUUGUCUGAGGCAGAGGAGGCCUCUCUCAACCACUCGAAGUACAACCAAAAGAUACACCUUUCUACAUCUCACAUAUACCCUCCAGGAACCGAGUUUCAGGUCACAUAUGCUGAGCUGACGUUGCUCAAUGCGCUUGUCAUGCUCUUGCACGAGAACAACGGUAUGAUGGAACAGGCGAAAGCAUUGUUCAAAUUGAGAAAGGCGUAUCAGAUCCUCGACGCUACUUUUAAGAAGAUCAAGGAGUCUGAGGGGUUGUUUAAUCGCAACUUGGCAAAAUUCCGUAAGCAGGCAAACGGCUCUCUGGUUUCUUCAGUUGACUUGCCAGGCUACGAUAUUCCAAGCUCUACAAGCUCUGCAAAUUCCUCUUCCUCAGCGCUUCCAGAGGACAUAAAAUUAUUGAAGAAUAUGGAGCUGAUAUACCAAAUGAGAAAAGCCAGAAUAGAGGGAACAGGUGUCUCUUGCUCGCAAGUCGACCUCUUCGCUGAACUGAAUACCCCUUCGUUGUCCUCUAAGACUAGCUUGCCCUCUUUGAAGGAGAACAAUGGUAUACCAUCCGAAAGAUUGAAAACACCAGAGCAAAAUUUAACGGCAAAUGCUGCAUUUGCUAGGAAGAAUCACGAGAGCUCGUCAGAAGAUGAAGAAGAUGAGAGCGAGGAAUUUUCAGAUGCUGGCGAUUCACUUGCAGUUUCUCAAAUGAAUAUAAACGAACAUUUUUGUGGAAGAGGCUCGUUGACACCACCAACAACACAAUUUGGUGCAUCAAGCAUACUCGAUGGCGCAAAGGGCUCAUCGGCUGUAUCUAUAAAUACCACAGAGUCGUGCUGCUCCAGAAACGCUCAUUUACAUGUAUCUACUAUUGAUGAGUUCAUUCACUCAGGUGUGCAAUUGUGCUUUGGUAUUUUGCAAGUGGUCUUAUCCUUGAUUCCUCCUGCAAUUGGUAAAGUGCUCUCCAUAGUUGGAUUUAAGGGCGAUAGAGAUACCGGCCUUCGUAUGCUUUGGAGGACAGCAAUCACUGCUAGAAACAUUCACGGUGAACUAGCACUCUUGUGCCUUUUGGUUUUUUAUGAUGGUCCCAUUCAAUUCAUCGAUGUUGGGUUCCAACUUCCUGGUCGCGAAGAUAAAAAUAUUACAGACAUUCUCUCCAUAUCAGAGAGAUCAAGCAUCCUGGACAGCGAACUUACUCAAAUCAUUAAGAACCCUAAUUUAUAUACAACGCAGAUCCUUGGAAAGGCACGUCAACUUUUCCCUCACAAUGCCUUGUGGCUCUUGCAGGAAGGUAGGAUGUUAGCUGCACAAGGCAAAAUCUACCAGGCAAUUGAUCUUAUGCAAUCAUUUACGGACGAUCCAAACACGAAGAUUAACAUGGAGCAGGUGGAAGCGCUUCUCACCUUUGAUAGAGCCAUGCUUUAUGCCUUCACUCACACUUACGAUAAAGCGGCAAAAGAUUUUCUUAGAUUACUUGAGAUCAACUCUUGGUCUCUGGCGGUAUACUUAUUUUUCGCUGCUUCUUGUUACUUAGAACAAUGGCGUAUGAUACAAUGUGACGAAAUCAAGUAUGAUAGCGAAGGUGAACGCGAGGAGAAAUUGAAUUUCUACGCUGAAAAGGCUGAUCAUUAUUUGAAACUAGCACCUACUUAUGUUCCUGGUCAUGGUCAUAAUGCUAAAAAGAAGAAAGGUGGUAUUGGGGGUAGCACCAAACAAAUGCCAUUCGACAAAUUCGUUCUUCGCAAGACCAGACAUAUAGAAGAGAACCAGCGAAAACAUCCAAACUUAUCCUAUAUCGAGUGUGUUGGCACCUCACUUGUCCACGAGCUUGUUUACUUUUGGAAUGGCUAUAAUAGAAUGACUCAGGACGAUCUCCGUAUCCUGAAUCGUAUGUUGCAUUUUUCAAAUGGUCCUUAUGCAAAGAUUGCUGAGUCCUUUGAUGAGGCCAUGACGAGAAACUUUUUCGAGGCGAUUACUUUGAGGCAAAUGGGCCAGGUGAAGGAGGGAUUGACUCAGCUUGACACUGAGGUCAUUUCAAAAUACGUCUUGCAAGAUUCUGCUCACGCUCCCUUCAAAUUCCAGAAGAUGACUUAUUCGCCAUACUUGUACCCUACAGCACUCUAUGAAAAAGCGAUGUUUGUAUGGCUUUUAAAAUCAAAGGAUGAUGCAGGAAGAGCCAUCAAUGAAAGUGUCAGCUGGUUGAAGAAAGCGGAGACCACAUCUGACAUUGGAGACUACGAGUUGAGCAACAGAACCAGUAUGCGUAUCAAGGCAGCUUCAGAGAGAUUGGAGCUGUUGAAGGAGCAACUAUGA